ACCCUGCAUUUCAGUCUCCAGAAGCACCUGCUCUUCAGCGUUGGGGACGGGACUCCGCGGCUUCCGUUCCGUUAAGCGAUUCCCUGCAGGACCCCCGGGGAGCCCUCACGUGCAGCUCCCGCGCGGGGUGCCCUCCCGACGGCACAGCAGGGCCAAGGGGCGGAGGCUCGGGGCGCCGGUGCCCGCGAAGCCACACACACGCGAGGCCAGCCAUGCCGCCGUCCGCCGCGAGCGCACCUCCGGGGCCACCACGUGGCAGCUGCCAGGCCGAGGCGAGCUGGGCUCCACUGCGCACGGCCUCGGCGCGCCCGCCAUUGGCGAGCGCGCGCGCCAAUCCGGGCGUCGGCCGGCCAAUCCGGGCGUGCGGAGCCUCUGCGGCGCACCAGCCCCUCCAGCGCCCGCGGCUCCCGAGCGUGGUCUGCUGUGGCGCGCGGCUGCUGCGGGGACCCCCCAGCCGCCGGGGACGGCCCUGACCUGACCUGCGCCGCAGCCCCCCCUCCGGACGGCUCCGCGCGGCCGCUGCAGCCUCAGCAGCAAAGGGAAGGCAGGCAGGCAGGCAUCCCCCGCCGGUGCGCUGCUGCCGGUCCCGGGGGGAGGAUGGGAGCCUUUGCGCUGACGAAGCCCGCCGGUACCAGCAGCGGAGGAGGAGGAGGAAGAGGCUGCCUGCCCCGCCUCUGGCGACUGUAGAGAGGUUCAUGCGCUCAGACCUGACUGGCCUAAAGAAUCACAUGUGAAAGGGAAGCCAAAUAAAUACAGCACAAGCUUGACAGGAGCUUUAGCUGCACCGGAUGGCAUUGCUACAGCAACUGGAAAAUACAAGUGAAACUUACAAGUGCAGCAGAAGCAAGUGCAGCACCUUCCUUUUGUGCAAAAGAGAGCGGCAGAACUAUGCAGGAGAGCAAAGGGGGGCACUUGACAGAUUUUGACCACGCUGUGGACAAGGAAAACUUCUCUUCCUGAACAGGGUUGGGCAACUGCUUACUCAGAAAAUGGGAGUGCCACGAGGACUGCUGAGAUUAUUGUUUGUUUGUGGUUGUGUGUUGUAGCUUUGUAAUCCUGCUGGGACUGAACUGCUUGGUACAGGUCCACUGAGGAACAUCACAUAUUGGACAGUGCUUUCCCCCUGCUCCCAGAGGGUACGCCUGAUACAAGAAUUGCGACAGUUCUUUCUGGAAGGGAGGGAAAAAGAGAGAGAGAGAGAGUCUCCAGCUAUCCCCUUCUGCUAGUCUGUGCUGUACCAUGGGAUGUAGGCAAAGCUCUGAGGAGAAAGAGGCAGCGCGGCGGUCCCGAAGAAUUGACCGCCACCUGCGCUCUGAGAGUCAGCGUCAACGGCGCGAGAUCAAGCUUUUGCUCCUUGGCACCAGCAACUCUGGCAAAAGUACCAUUGUCAAGCAAAUGAAAAUUAUUCACAGUGGUGGCUUUAACUUGGAGGCUUGUAAGGAGUACAAGCCUUUGAUUAUUUAUAACGCCAUUGACUCCCUCACUCGCAUCAUCCGCGCUCUGGCUACUCUGAAGAUUGAGUUCCACAAUCCUGAUCGAGCCUAUGAUGCGGUGCAACUUUUUGCUCUGACAGGCCCUGCUGAAAGCAAAGGAGAGAUCACACCUGAGCUGCUUGGGGUGAUGAAGAGGCUCUGGGCUGACCCUGGGGUGCAGGAGUGUUUCUGUCGCUCCAAUGAGUACCAUCUAGAGGAUAAUGCUGCCUACUACUUGAAUGACCUAGAAAGGAUUGCUGCAUUAGACUAUAUCCCGACUGUGGAAGACAUUCUGCGCUCUCGGGACAUGACCACGGGGAUUGUGGAAAAUAAGUUUACUUUCAAAGAGCUGACUUUCAAAAUGGUAGAUGUGGGUGGGCAGAGGUCUGAGCGCAAAAAAUGGAUCCACUGUUUUGAGGGGGUUACAGCCAUAAUUUUCUGUGUGGAGCUGAGUGGAUAUGACUUGAAGUUGUAUGAAGAUAACCAAACAAGUCGAAUGGCAGAGAGCCUUCGUCUUUUUGACUCCAUUUGCAACAACAACUGGUUUAUCAACACCUCCCUCAUCCUCUUCUUGAAUAAGAAGGAUCUCCUGGCAGAAAAAAUCCGCCGCAUCCCGCUGACAGUCUGUUUUCCUGAGUACAAAGGCCAGAACACUUAUGAGGAGGCAGCUGUCUAUAUCCAGCGUCAGUUUGAGGACUUGAAUCGCAACAAGGAGACCAAGGAGAUUUAUUCACAUUUUACUUGCGCCACUGAUACCAGUAAUAUCCAGUUUGUGUUUGAUGCGGUGACAGAUGUCAUCAUUCAGAACAACCUCAAGUAUAUCGGUCUUUGCUAAGGACCUGUGCAAAUGAAUCUGGCUUCUUACGGUGAAACGAAAUAGGUGAACCGCAGUCAUCUGUCACAGUGGAAACAAUGGGGGCAGCAUUUGGAAGACCCAGUCAUGAAAGGGAGACUUCUGAAGUAUGUUCACAGAUCCCUUCAGCUGCCUAUACACCUUUUUGCAAAAAACAAUGUCUUAGAGUGGGCAAACCUCCCACAACCUGGUGAGGUUUUGAACUGUACGGAAGUGUUUUCACUCUGGUCGCACCAUCCACUGGCUCAUUCUGUUUCAUUUCUUUUUCCUGAGAUAGUGGAGCCACCAUGUUCUAUGUAUAAUGAGACAGGUUGUUGUCUUUUAUCAUCCUAGAAGCCAUUGCACAGUUGGGAAGAUGCUGAGCUGGUGAGUGGGGGAGAGGGAUUUGCUGAGACUCCCCACCCUCACGAAUAAAGAGAGCAGAGGCCAGAGAAAAGGCAUAUCUGAGCAAAGUGUUCCUUAACGCACAGUAUGGUGCACGGCGGCCUCUAGGUUAUAGAGACAUGGAUCAAGUAAGCACAGGCACCCAACUUGCAGCAAGUACAAAGUACAUAGUAGGUACACACAUUGUCUUUGCAUCAUGGUUUAUCAUGAAUAUUCUGUCUGUGGAAGGAACUGAUAGUGCAGAAUAGGUCCUGCAAGCCCCCACCCUGACCAGUAACCCUUUCUGCUGUUCACAACUUCAAUGUGUGUGCAAAUAAAUAUGAAUGGAAAUAUUAAGUAAAGAUUACGCCAAAUUCCGGUCAGUGUUUCUUGUAGCAGUGAGGAAUUUUAUACAUCAAAGUCUUCUUUUACAUCUUUUUUUGCCAAAUAAUUUGUGCUCUUUCACAAAAACUCUAAAAGUUUAAUAUAAGUGGUCCAGUUUCUUUUUAAAUACAGAUAUAAAAGGUAUACUUUUUAAAAAAAUUAUUGUUUUGCGUCUCGGUUUUGAGUGUGCUAACGGACAAUCCUGUUCCAUUGCUCCGAGGAAAUUCUGACAAUUAUGGCAACAUUUGCAACAGCCUUUCUAAACACAGGAGCCAGUGAAACUGUGUACAAUAUAGCCUCUUAAAUCUUUUUUUUUUGGGGGGGGGGGAUGUUUAUUUUUUAAAAAAUGUGCUGUAAUUAUUAGGUGAACGGAUGAGUGAUAUGAACAAUACUUAAAUGUCUUGAUAUUUAAAUUUUCAAAACUUAGUGGAAUUCAAGAAAUGGAAGCGAUGCAUUCCUCAGCUCCCUUUCAUCCUGUAUACAAAAUAUACUGGAUGGCAUAUUAUUACUCUAGCAAAUCUGCAGUUAAGUUUGAAUGUCUGAGAAGCUCUGUGUGACUCUACUGGAAAAUCUCACAUGGACCAUAGGGCCAAUGGUCACGUGAUUCCUUCUCCCCCACCCCACCCCAAUCCCUCGCAAAAGACUUCUUACAGAUUUCAGUGUAAACUAUGUGUGUAAAUAUACAUUCAAGAAUCAUAGGGCACAUUAAUGUACACACUCUCUCGUAUACACACACACACUCUGUCCUCCCUCCCCCUCCCUCCGUUUCCCAGUUGUAUGAAGAUUAGUGAGAAUUCUCAGCCAAGGGCUCUAAGAAAACAUAAAGAGAAAACAAUGAAAGAUAACAAAGUUACCGGUUGUCCACUUUAAGAAAAUAAAUAAUCUGAAUGAUCUUAA